AUGGAUCAUUCAACUGAGUAUGACUACUUUUGGUCAGAUGCUAAGCUUGCAGCAAACACGUACUUCAAAAAGUUUAUAGAAGAAAAACAUCAAUCCAUGAGUUGCACCUACGAAUCAUAUUUGACAGAACAUCUUACCGAAAAUGAAUUUUGUCUUGAAGAUAUAAAAGAAUUCGCCGCCGCAGUGUCUGAAGACCUUCUCAAUCUCGCCUGCAGCCAGGUAAUUAUUAAAAACGAUGAUGAACCAAAAAGCGUAACUAGUCCAUGUUGCUAUCUACCCAUUGAAAAAAGAUCUACACUCAUGAAGGAGAUGCAGAAACUAUUUAUCUCCAGAUUGCCGAGAGAAAACAUGGUUUAUGAGUGUCCAUACGAGGGAACUCAUACUAAAGGCAGCAUCCGUCAUACCGACAACUACUUUAAGGCAGAUUGUAACAUAAAUAUUUUAAAGAACUCUUACUUGGAACAGCUCUCCAUCAACGAUUCAUGCCCAAUCUGCAUAGAAGAGUAUGAAGAAGGGGGAAACAUUUGCCAGAUAUCUUGCGGACACUCACUUCAUUUUGGAUGCGCCGCAGAAUGGAUUGGUAAGAGGCCAGUGUGCCCGUUGUGCUUGAAGCAAGUGCGGACUGUUAUGAGCACAUCUAUAAAAUUAGAAUAUAAAGGUGGGAAUACUGUGGAUGUAAACAUAACUACGGAUCAUUUCGUUGGGAAUAAUCUAGAACUACUUAUUGAUAACGAUUUCAACGAAUCUGAUUUCAACGAAGCUGAUUCCAGUGAUGAUGAUCUUAGCGAAACUGAUAUUAGCGAAGCUGACAUUAGCGAAGCUGAUUUUAGCGAAGAUGAUGACGUCAAUGAUGCUAAUAAUUAUGUUAGGGAUGACGAUGAUGAUAAUAUUGCCGAUAUUGCGACGACAAUUAUGACGAUGUCAUUAUUAGUUGGGACGAUAUUUUUGUUCAUUUUUGAUUUAAACAGUUUGCGUUUAUAUUUUCUAUAA